UGGCAGUGCAUGGUUGAUAUGGAGCCCAUCACAUUGUGCCAGCCCGACCCUUUGUCCCCAACUUCAAGCAUUCAAAGAUAAUGCAUCCCGUCUGCGAGACAAGAAGAAUGGUUCUUUGUGUCACCGCAGACAACUGAGACCACAUUCCACCAAGUCAGAGCCACAGCAGCCGGACUCCCUGUGCCCCUGCGCCCCUCGCGUGCACAGUCUAGACCCCAAUGACGUAGCGGUGUACAGCCUCUCAGGUUACCCUAGUACCAACCAGCACUAUUACUAGUAUCCAACGCUACUGCCGCUGCCGCUGCCACUACCAGCAGUACUAAUUACGCUACUACUAGUACGCCAUGUACCCAGUGCCAGACUGCAGUGCGUGCUGCGACCUGGUUGCGAAAUUGACCCUACUUUUUCCCUUACCAAUCGAACCAUCCCCAACUGCGGCCUCGUUGCCCUCAACCCGCGGCUUUAGCUCAUCCACCUCUCUUGAUCAAUAAUACUACACCUCCCGAACGCAGUCACGACGUCCGACGACCGCCUCGAACAUCACGUCGACAACGGUCUCUCUUCACUUGAAAUCGCUUUGACGGCGACCUCCCCUCCAGCCGAAGGCCCACCGGGCCCCUCCGACGCAAUGUCGGCCACCGCAACAGCGGCUCUCAAGUCACCGUCUCAUUCGCACUCUCACUCCCAUUCAAAAUCACAUUCCCAUACGCAUUCUUCAUACUCUCGGUCUUCACGGCCAUCCACAACUCCACGCACUCAUACUGCCGUUGCGUCGGUCGGUCAGUCGAUGCCGCCUCUCCUCUCUCCAACCACCCGAUCCCCUCAACAGCUCAAAGAUCCCAAGAGUCCCAGUCCGAGUUACUUUGGGUUCGUGGUUGGUGGUGAUGACUCUAUACCCCCGGACUCGAACCCGGGUGCUCACACCCGCCAAAACUGGACGUUCCCCCAUUCCGCCACACAAAACCAUGUUCCGACACCGCGUCACGUCCCUGUCGAGGCCAACCCGGAUUUUGAGGCCUUCCGGAGGCAGUCAGAAACCAACCACCGUUUUCUCCUGAACACGGCGUUCGGCCGACCCUCACAAUCGAGGACGAACUCCUCGACGACGCCAUCCGCUGCGCCGCCAAGGUCCCCAUUCGUCGACACCGUCAGAGCAGAAGAGCGGCCCAGAAAUGAACGCGGGAGGACGCAAGAUACUCAGAUGGACGAUGUCUCCUUUCUGGGUGCUCCGAGAUCGCAAUCUCCGACCCGAAUCAGCCCUCAGAGCGUUGCAGACCAUCAAUAUGCGCGACUCUCAUUACCUGGCAGCGAGCUACGCACGCCGCCUCUUCAGCCCGUCCGACAAACCCCGCGUUCCGAGACUCUGCCAUCGACGAGAGAAAAGGAUCCACCUCCCAUUGUAUCUCCGGUGCAUGUAGCGGAGCUGAUCAAACAUAAUCCAAAAUCCCUACUCGUCCUCGAUCUCAGAGUAUACCAGCAAUAUGCUGCGGCGAGGAUACGCGGCGCUCUCAAUCUGUGCAUUCCUACCACUUUGUUGAAAAGGCCCGCGUAUAAUGUCCAGAGGCUUGCUGAGACAUUCUCUUCGUCUCCCGAGGACCAAAGCACUUUUGCCAAGUGGCGGGAUUGCACCCAUAUCAUAGUCUAUGAUGCCAAUUCCGCCCUUGCGAAAGAGGCCGUUACUCCUUUGAAUGUCCUCAAGAAAUUCACCACCGAAGGUUGGGUCGGAACUGGCAUUGUGGUCAAAGGAGGGUUCCUGGCGUUCCAAAAGAUGGCCCCGGAACUUGUCGACACGGGACCGCCCCAUGCUGGAAAAGCUGCUACGGCACAACUUCUGUCCAUUUCGGCCUCUGGUAAAGACGCCGUCCCAGUUGCUGGAGGUUGCGCGAUGCCCAGUGAAAAGUCGGCGGCCAAUCCUUUCUUUGGAAACAUCCGCCAAAAUAUGGACCUGCUGGACGGUGUGGGACAAAUGCCCAUCAAGAAGCCGCUGAACAUGACUUCGGAAACGGAACAUAGCAUGCCGCAAUGGUUGCAACGCGUGUCCUCGAACUCGGAUGCCGGCAAGCUGGUGUCGGACAAAUUCUUGAACAUAGAAAAAUGCGAGCAGGAGCGGAUGCAGGAGGCGCUCAGCGGCAAAGUGUCGUACGGGACCCCGAGAAGUGAAGCACCAAGCAAAAUCCAAGUUGCUGGAAUCGAGAAGGGAUCCAAGAACCGAUACAACAACAUUUUCCCCUAUGACCACGCCAGGGUACGACUGCAAAAUGUCCCCAAUGGGAGCUGCGACUAUAUCAAUGCCAGCCACAUCAAGGCGGAAUUUUCCAAUCGCCAUUACAUUGCCACACAGGCGCCCAUCCCUGCCACCUUCAAUGACUUCUGGCGUGUUGUCUGGGAACAAGACGUUAGAGUUAUUGUCAUGCUGACAGCCGAAGCCGAAGGCGGGCAAGUCAAGAGCCACGUGUAUUGGGACGCGGGUGACUACGGGUCUUUGAAGCUUAAGCAGCUCUCUGAGCGGCAAGUGAGCCUGGAAUCCAAGAAAUACUCGAGUAAAGCUCCUAUGCCGUCUAGACCUGCUCUAGGUCCUAGGAGGUCCACCACGGCCAAUGUGCUAGGAGAGCGCAGCGAGGACGAGCCCAAGACUCCCGCGGCCAAAUCACCGACGGCCACGGUGCGACAUUUCAGUCUGAGUCACUCUGCAUAUCCUUUCGAGCCUAUGCGGGAGAUCACGCAGAUCCAGUACAAAGACUGGCCCGACUUUGGCGCACCGGCCAGCCCCUCGGAACUUUUGGGGCUUGUCGAACAGGUCAACAAAUAUGUUCGAGGAUCUUCCAGUCCUUCUAGCGUGGUAGGACCUGACGAAGCAACGCCGGAAGGAUCACGACCCAUUCUGGUUCAUUGCAGUGCCGGAUGUGGCCGAACCGGCACCUUCUGCACCAUUGAUUCGGUCAUCGACAUGCUCAAGCGGCAGAGGUUGUCUCAUGAAAACAAUGGGAGUAAAAUGGACGUCGACAGCGGUGAUUGGGUGUCCCGAGACGACGUUGAUUUGGUGGCCAAGACAGUCGAUGACUUUCGGCACCAGCGACUCAGCAUGGUGCAGAAUCUACGCCAGUUUGUGCUUUGUUAUGAAAGCAUCCUGCAGUGGCUUGUAGCGCAAGAUGCAGACCGUCAGAAAAGAGCCGGCACCGCCGACUCGAGGCGGAGUUAUUGAGGGGAGGGUUUUGUUUUGGUUAUCAUCACGGCUGACAUUGAAUGGGUGGCCUUCCGCCCACGGUCAAGCUCAUGACGGGGGUUGGGAUGGAGUUCAUGGGUGUUCUACAGGAGGGUUUCCGGCAUUAGAGAAUGAACGGCAUCUCGAACGGGCAUCACCGGGAGUUCUGGGGCUCAUCGUCGGUCAAGGCAAGACGCUGGGGAUACUUUUGAUAGCAUUGUUACUCUGUGCAGCCAGCAUGAAGCAUAGAAGCAUAGAAGCGUUUCCACCAUGAAACUGAUUCAUGUUACUUUUCUCCAUCUGCCAGGGUACUUAAGACGUUGAUGAGUACAGUAGUACUGUUUCCUGAUAUUUCAGGUGUGGGUGAGCUUGUUCGUUCGUUUGGUGUUUGUUCAGAGCCACGUCCGCUCCGAGUCCCCAGUAUUCGUGGUUCAUAUCUGGGCCGAGCGGGGCAGUCUCUUGUUCGUACUGUAUCAUGCCAG